UUAUUCCUACUCCAGUGUUCGCUGCGACUCCGAGUAGGUGGGAUGCUGUUGCGCGUUUAGCUCGACUGGCUGCUCGUAGAGUCUCGAAAAUUUGUUCCAAAACGCGCCCCGCAACCGAGCCGUUCGUAGUCAACACUAGAUAUCGCGUGUUCGUGUUCGCGCAACAACAUCGAAUAAGAAAGUCGUCCAUCGUGAUCAUCGACAGUGGUCGUUGCACGUUGCUCGCCGCAUUGUGUCACCGUGUGUACGGAGCAUAUACGCGAGUCACCGGGCCGAGAGGGACAGACGGUUUCAAAGAGGAAGUGAGAGAGAGAGAGAGAGAGAGAGAGAGAGAGAAAGAGAGAGAGAGAGAGAGAGAGAGAGGGCGUGAAGGAGUGACAGAGAAGCAUUGACCGGGGUCGCCAUCGCGGAGAAAAGAAAGGCGGAAGGAUUAUAUAUUCCGGCAAACAUGGCCACUGCGAUCGACGACCGGCAGGAGCUAUUGGAGCAAUUUCAAGCGAUCGACGCAAACGGAGAUGGUUUCAUCAAUGUUACCGAACUGCGAAAUGCAUUGGACGUUUGCGGCUUUAAGAUGCCAGGCUACAAGGUGCGUCAAAUGAUCGAGGAAUACGAUGAUAAACAGCGAUUGGAGCACAGGGGUCGUCUUUCCUUCGAGGAGUUCGAGAAACUUUGCAAGGAGCUCAAGGCUAAUGAACUAGGUUCUACGUUUAAACAUGUCGUCUCGAAAAAGGAGAAUCUUGAGACUUUAGGUGGGAUUUCUGAAGCAUCCAGUGAAGGCACCACACAUUCCGUCAGGCUCGAGGAACAGUUGGCGUUCAGCGAUUGGAUUAACACCAAUCUUUUACAUGACCCCGAUUUGAAGCACUUAUUACCUAUUGAUCCCGAGGGAAAGGCGCUUUAUGACAAAGUCAAAGAUGGAAUAUUACUUUGCAAAAUAAUCAAUCAUUCCUGUCCGGACACUAUUGAUGAGCGUACGAUUAACAAGAAAAAUUUAACGUUGUACAAGAAGCACGAGAAUUUAACGUUGGCGUUGUCCUCGGCUCAAUCUAUUGGCUGCAAUAUCGUAAACAUUGACGCUCACGAUCUCAUAAAAGGUUCACCUCAUUUAGUGCUGGGACUGCUGUGGCAGAUUAUCCGAAUUGGCUUAUUCAAUCAGAUUACUCUCGAGAAUUGUCCUGGUCUUGCGACGCUUUUGCAAGAUGGCGAACGAAUCGAAGAUCUGUUAAAACUAUCUCCGGAGGCCAUUCUUCUCAGAUGGGUGAAUCAUCAUUUGGAAAAUGCUGGCAUCGCCAGACGGUGCAACAAUUUCCAAUCUGACAUUACAGACUCUGAGAUUUAUACUUAUCUUAUCAAACAAAUUGCACCUAACUCGGCUGGUAUCACCUUAGAGGCCUUAAUGGAACCAAACCAUAUGUCCAGAGCAGAGAUCAUGCUUCAGCAAGCCGCUAAACUAGGCUGUCGUAGCUUUGUAACUCCUAGUGAUGUUGUAAACGGUAUCUACAAGCUCAAUUUAGCCUUCGUUGCUAAUAUGUUCAACAAUUACCCCGGAUUAGACAAGCCAGAAAGUAAUAUUGAGGGUUUGGAAUCUCUCGAGGAGACGCGAGAAGAAAAAACUUAUAGAAAUUGGAUGAACUCGAUGGGUGUGAUGCCUCAUGUCAACUGGCUCUAUUCAGAUUUGGCUGAUGGCUUGGUUAUUUUCCAGCUGUAUGAUAUUAUUAAACCAGGUACUGUAAAUUGGAACAAAGUGCACAAAAAGUUUACGAAACUCCGGAAGUUUAUGGAAAAGCUGGAAAACUGCAAUUACGCUGUCGAACUGGGCAAACAAAUGAACUUCUCGUUGGUGGGUAUCGCCGGACAAGAUAUCAAUGACGGAAACGCAACCCUGACAUUAGCUCUUAUAUGGCAAUUGAUGAGGUCAUAUACCCUAUCGAUCCUGACGUCUCUAGCUGGUACUCAAGGAAGCACUGUUGAAAAAGAAAUCGUCCAAUGGGUAAAUUCUAAACUUCAGGCGGCUGGAAAAACUAGCAGCAUCAAGGGAUUCCAAGAUUAUGCGAUAUCAGACGGCAAGGUUGUUCUUGAUCUUAUUGAUGCUAUUAAACCUGGUUCGGUGAACUACGAUCUGAUUAAAGAAGGUGGGACUGAAAAGGAGAAUUUGGACAAUGCUAAAUACGCGAUAUCCUUAGCGCGGAAAUGCGGAGCGCGCGUCUACGCCCUGCCAGAAGAUAUCACUGAAGUAAAGCCGAAAAUGGUGAUGACGGUGUUCGCCUGCUUGAUGGCCAUGGAUUAUAUUCCAAAUAUGGACUCUGUGAAAAAUCAGCCGAAUAAUGUGAACGACAGUCAAUAAUGUUGACGCCGAUUUUGUCUCAUCUUUUGUAUACAGAAACUUUCGAAUCGGCCAUAUCGCUUCACGCCUCUUCCACGAGCGUAACACUUGUAUAUACGUAGUUUAAGUUAGCUUGAGAAGAGCAAGAAAUAUUACUACUAGGAAGAGUUAACAAGAUGACAAAGAGAAGAGCUUGGGAAUCCUGACGAAAUCCUAUUUGAUUCCCGUUUGAACGAAUAAUGCAAGCGAUUAUAGCAGAAAUCAUGUGUUUGACGAAGAAAAUUAUUUUAUUGUAAAACUUAGAUAUUUCCAUAACAUUGAUUCCACAUAACACAUAAGUAUAUAAAAUAUCAAUAUAAUAGUGCAUUGUGAUACUUUAAAUAUAUACAAUGCAGUAAGAUUUUCACCUACAAUAUUAACGAUUGAAAUUUGAAGUAAUUUUGAAAUAAAUGGAUUUUUUAAAUUAAUAUAAGACAAUUUUUCAACUAAACUAUUUCAGAUUUAUGCCGUACAUCGAUAUUUUCAUGCCAGAAUGUGUAUUUUAUAAAGAUAUGCAAAUUAUAUCUCGAAUUGGCAUUAUUAAGCUUUAAGUAUUUUUUUCGGAUACAUAAUGAUUGAUUGCUGCUAUGGGAUUCUUUUUCAUCAUCUUUUGUAAUCAUAUCAUUUGUUUCCACAAUAUAUUAUUUGUUGUGACAUUGUAAGAACCAUUUUUAUUGAGAAACGAGUAGAAAUAAAAACAUGCUAAAAAUCAUCGAGAUAUACUUGCAACGCAUACCGAAAUAUUUUGAAAGAUGAAUAUACAGGGUAUUUCAUACAUUAAUUUUAACGAUAAAAGAUUUUGAGAAAAGUUCUAAGUUUAAUUAACGAGAUAUAUUGAAAAUACAGAAUUUUAAA